GAGGGACGCAGCGCCUGCCGCGGACGGUGGCCGGCGCUGCCAAGGAGCUCAUCUUCUCCGGCCGCCUGCUGGACGGCGACGAGGCGCGGCCGCCGGCCUGGUCACCACACAGCCCCCCGCAGAACCCGCGCGGAGACGCCGCCUUCCUGCGCGCCCUACGCCUCGCCCGCGACUUCCUCCCGCAGGGUCCGGUGGCCGUGAGGGCGGCUAAGCUGGCCAUCGACCAAGGGAUGGAGGUCGACCUGGCGACCGGACUGGCCAUAGAAGAGGCCUGCUACGCUCAGACCGUCCCCACCAAGGACCGACUGGAGGGGCUCCAGGCCUUCCGCGAGAAGCGCACGCCGCGCUACAAAGGCGAGUAGCUGCGGGAGCCCGGGACCCCCGCCCUCCCCGUCCGCCCCGUCC